ACCGCAUCGCAUUCUUGCGGAGAGAAUCAGCUCGGACGUCGGCCGCUUCAUCUCCAAACCACCUCAAUUCAUGGCCUGAUCAGCGUCCCCAGCGAACGCCAUUCCAUCCCGAACCGCCCGCUGCUGCUUCGCCCGGCGUCCAUUCGGAUAUCUUUCGCUCCACUACCGCGCAUCAAAGGACAGCAUCCAACAUCCUUCACUUCCGCCGCCAUGGCCGCCCCAGACGAGUCCCUCAUCGACCUCCACGCCUCCUCUCUUACCGACACCAGAGACGAUGUCGAUUCCCUCCCCUCCGAUUCCUCCAACAGCGACAUCUUCUCCGAGGCCGAUUCCGAGGCCCAGGAAGAAUGGGAGCGCAGCCUGGAGCAGGUCCAGCUGCUGCUGACCAUGAUACUCGUACCGUGGAUCGGGAAGCUGUUUGGCCGCAAGUUUGCGUACUGGAGCUGGGGCAAAUACAUGAACUGGGUGCACAACGUAGACGUUAAAGUUACGGGCAAGAAAUCUUUCAAUGCUGCUGGUGCAGUGGCCGCGACGUUAUAGCCAGCCGUCGGCUGGAAGACCAUUCAACGACUUUGGAUCAGCUGUUUGUCUAGGCAAGCUGGGAGCGUAUAGACUGGCUCUAGAUUGAUGCCAGAGGGUUGCUACAACAACAACAAUUGAUCAAGUCCUAUCAUGAUGGUCUUGCACAUGUGAAAACCGAUUAGUGUCAGAGGACAUGAUAUUUGUAAAAUAACACCAAAUGUAGCGCAUUAUCAUUUCACAUCACAUUAUAAACCACGAGCAAUGGCAAACAAGAAUAUAUAUGUACAACGUGGGACUCUUUUAUUCAUCAUCACUCAAUUACUACAUUAGCUAUCGUUUUCAUACUACGAAUCUCAGCCCCGUCAACCUUUGACAAUACCAAUCCAAUCCAAUACCAACUAUCGAUUUCAUAAAUGUACGUAUUACCUCAACGCAACUUCAUAACCCAAUCGCCAACCCGCCUGACCGAUACUCACAGGAUAUCCACCUCUCCAACCCGCUGCUGUUGUAAAUGAAGUUUUCAAGCGAAGAAUCCAGCUCACUCGUUUGCUAGAAGGCAUCCACCGGGGACACGACACCAACUAUUAUAGACAGCAGCAAAAAUGUUUUCAUGUCGGUAGAGCGAAUGAAAGAACGUGCGUGUAAGAACGCUCAUAUAAUCAUGGGUAUACUGUCAACAGGACCAUUUAGACCUGAGACAUGGUAGGUGCAGUGGUGCGAGUAGAGCGACUUGAACGCGAGAAUCGUGAGGAGCCGCCG